AUGCUAAGUGGUAAGGAGGCGAGGAUAGUGACCUUAUUGGUCAUCGAUACUACCUUUUUCUUCAUCGAGUUGAUUUCCGGUUAUAUGGUUCAUUCGUUGGCUUUGAUUGCUGAUUCUUUCCAUAUGUUAAACGAUAUUAUCUCUCUUGUCAUUGCAUUAUGGGCGGUUAACGUUGCCAAGAAUAAGAAUCCGGAUGCUAAGUACACUUACGGUUGGAAAAGAGCUGAAAUUUUAGGUGCUUUAGUGAACGCCGUUUUCUUAAUUGCUCUUUGUGUUUCCAUCUUGAUUGAAGCUAUUCAAAGAUUCUUCCAGCCGCAAGAGAUUACCAACCCUAAACUUGUGUUAAUCGUUGGUUGUUUCGGUUUAGUUUCUAACUUUAUUGGGUUAGCUUUAUUCCAUAGUGACGGUGGUCAUGGGCAUGGUCAUAGCCAUGGAGGUGCUCCGGAUUUGGAACACGGUGAAGAAGAAGAUGAUGACAACGAACAUGGUCAUGGUCACAGCCAUGGUCAUUCUCACCAGACUAAUGGAUUAGAUGAAGGUAGCGACUACGAACCAGAGACCAUCGAAGAUAUGAUGCCUCAUUCUAUCGUUGAAAGAACUUUUUCCCCUAAAUCUACUCCUGUAGAUUCUUCUUACGACGACGAAGACGAUGAAUCCACUGGAUUGUUAACCGAACAGCACUUGAACAAAACUCUGGCCAAGGUCAAGAAGCAAAAGAAAUCAAAGCAACGUUCUAUGAACAUGCACGGUGUCUUUUUACAUGUUUUAGGUGAUGCGUUGGGUAACGUUGGUGUCAUUGCAACGGCAUUGUUCAUCUGGAAGACAGAUUUCUCUUGGAGAUUCUAUACUGAUCCUGCUGUGUCGUUAUUGAUUUCUCUGAUCAUUUUCUCAAGCGCUAUUCCUUUAUCGCUGAAGGCUUCUAGAAUCUUGUUACAGGCUACUCCAUCUAACGUUUCUGCUGACGAUGUUAAGCAUGACAUUUUAUCUCUACCGGGUGUCGUAUCAGUUCAUGACUUCCAUAUCUGGAACUUGACCGAAUCCCUAUACAUCGCAUCUGUCCACGUUGAAAUUCAAUCUAACCCUGAAGAAUUUAUGAACAUUGCCCAAGUUAUUAGGUCCAUCUUCCACAGAUAUGGUAUUCACUCUGCUACUGUACAACCAGAAUUCGUUGGAUCAGGUGCAGUCACUGAAGAUAUCGCCCGUCGAUUCAGCAGAAUUGCCGGUGGUGGUGUCUAUGGCUCAACUACAAACUUGACUGGAUGUACCAUUGACGAAAAUGCUCAGUGCAACAGUGAAACUUGUCUACAAUAG